AUGCUCUUCGAUGAGGAAAUAUAUGCUGAUCGGUUAUCAGAAGAGGGUAAUUGCUCUGAUAGUGAAAGUGAUUCGGACAGUGGGAGCGAUAUAAUUGUGAGACGAUUCAAAAGUAAGGGAAGACAAAUAAUUAGUGAAUCUGAAAGUGAUGAAGAGAAUUCUGUGGCAAAUGAUUGGUCAGAAGUUGAUUUUAAACCUAACUUUCAUGCUUGUCCGGAACGGUUUGGGUUACAGAAUAAUGAUAACGACAAUGCAUCAACAAAGAAUAAAGCUUGGAUUGAUACAAAUGCUGUAGAAAUGAAAAAACGUUUGGGUCUUGUUAUCCUAAUGGGAAUAGUAAGAAAACCAGAACAAGACGAUUAUUGGUCUACUCACCCUGGAUUACAUACACCUAUUUUUGGGAAUACUAUGCCAAAGAACCGAUUUCGGCAGUUAUGGAAGUAUUGGCACUUCAGUAAUAAUGAGCAUCGCCAAGAAAGGCUUGAUAAAAUAAAAUCACUUUACUCGUACUUGGUAGAAAAGUUUCAAAAAAUUUAUAAAUCCGGGAAAGAAUUAUCGCUGGAUGAAGAUAUCAUUCCAUGGAGGGGCAGGCUAUCUUUUCGUAUAUAUAAUCUUGAGAAAAUUAUAAAGUAUGGAAUUUUAGUCCUUAUGGUGUGUGAGGCGACAUCUGGUAAUACAUGCAAUUUAGAAAUAUAUUGCGCGCAAGGAAAAUCGCUAAUUGCGACAAUAUUGUCUGUGUUAUCGCCAUAUUUAAAUUUAUGGCACGAUGUACAUAUGGACAAGUACUACAAUAGUGUAAAGGUUGCAGAGGAGUUACUAAAGCAUAAAACAAACAUCUGUGGCACAAUUAACCGCGAUUCAAUUCACCUAUAG